AUGAAUGAUUUGAUGACAAAGUCUUUCACAAGCUACUUAGAUCUAAAGAAGGAAGCACUGAAAGAUCUCGGUGACGGACCCGAUAUCGAAAUGGGGAUGACCCAAAUCGACCAUAACCUCACUGCCUUCUUAGAACAAGCAGAGAAGGUGAAAACAGAGAUGGAUUCAAUCAAAGAACUCUUAGUUCAACUAAAACAGGCCAAUGAUGAAAGCAAAUCCCUUCACAAUCCCCAAGCCCUGAAAUCGCUACGAAAUCAAAUAAAUUCACAAAUUGUAGCAGUUUUGAAGAAAUCCAGGACCAUAAAAUCCCAAUUGGAGGAAAUGGACAGGUCUAAUGCAUUGAAUAGACGACUUUCCGGGUGUAAGGAGGGAACUCCGGUGGAUAGGACACGUUCCGCAGUCACGAAUGGGCUGAGGAAUAAGCUUAAAGAGCUGAUGAUGGAUUUUCAGAGCCUGAGGCAAAAGAUGAUGACUGAAUAUAAGCAAACUGUGGAGAGAAGGUACUUCAUGGUGACGGGUGAGUCCCCGGAGGAGGAGGUGAUUGAGAAGAUAAUCUCUAGCGGUGAUGGCCGUGGUGGCGAGGAAUUUCUGUCUAAAGCCAUACAGGAGCACGGCCGUGGGAAGGUGUUAGAAACGGUGGUGGAGAUCCAAGACCGCCAUGACGCGGCCAAGGAAAUCGAGAAGAGUCUACUGGAGCUGCACCAGAUAUUUCUGGACAUGGCGGUGAUGGUUGAAGCACAAGGUGAGCAAAUGGAAGAUAUCGAACACUAUGUCACAAAUGCGUCUGAGUAUGUGAGCGAUGGGACUAAGAACCUUAAGAUUGCAAAAGAGCACAAGAGGAGCAGCAGAAGAUGGUUUUGUAUUGGAAUUGUGCUUCUUCUUGUGCUCAUUCUCCUUGUUAUCAUCCCUAUAGCUACCAGUUUCGGUAAAUCGUGA